ACUACAUCACCUCUCUCAUGCCCAAAAGGAAAAAAACUCCCCAAGAAGAACAGCUCCUCUCCCUCUCUCUCAAGCAAUACACACACACUUAUAUAGAUAUAGAGAGAGAAUGGGGAGCAAAAAGUUUGCUGUUCUUCUUUGUGCAGAGGAUUCAGAUUACGUGAAGAAACUAUACGGAGGUUAUUUUGGGGUUUUCGUGCAAAUGCUGGGUGAAGAAGGCGAAACAUGGGACAUGUUUAAGGUUUCAAAAGGCGAAUUUCCUGAAGAUAACGAGAUCGGAGAGUACGAUGGAUUUGUUAUAACCGGUAGUUCUAAUGAUGCCCAUGGUAAUGAUUUAUGGAUCUGUAAACUCGUAGUUUUGUUGAAGAAAUUGGAUGCGAUGAAGAAGAAGGUUCUAGGCAUUUGUUUUGGUCACCAGAUAUUGGGACGAGCUUUGGGUGGCAAGACUGGUCGCGCCACUUCUGGUUGGGACAUCGGAGUUACACAGGUUCAUUUACAAUCAUCAAAGAUCUUCGCAUCUCUGAAAAUGCCGACUUUCUUAUCGGUCAUUGAAUGCCACCAAGAUGAGGUCUGGGAGCUCCCUCCAAAAGUGGAAGUUAUAGCACGGUCGAACAAAACUGGGAUUGAAAUGUUUAAAUAUGGUGACCAUAUCAUGGGCAUCCAAGGUCACCCCGAGUACACUAAGGACAUUUUGUUGAAUCUAAUCGACCGUCUUCUCAAUCGCAAUCUCAUUAAGGAGCCUCUUGCGGAAGAGGCCAAGUCCAAGUUGGAGGCUAAUGAGCCAGAUAGAGAGGCAUGGAAGAAACUAUGUACCAGCUUUCUCAAAGGGAAAUUGUGAUAAGAAUUGAAACUACCAAAAUGGAAAUUGUAAAUAGAAUAUUUGGCUCUUUGGUCAGAGAAUUUAUUGACUUUUGUGUCUUCUAUUAUUAGAACCUUGUCCUAACACAUUCCUCGUGACUAAUAUAAGAUGUUAUGUUAGACUCUUUGGGUCAACUAUGUCAUCCAUUCUAAUUAAACAAUGUUUAUUUU